AAGGUAUCCAGCGUGCCAGCUAAACGAGCGGAGGUAACUUCUUGUUCACAUCUAACGUUCGUAAACAUCGCAAGACUUUUGAUCAGUAGGGACGAGAGAUGAAAAAUAGCGGUCGACCACGCAACCACAACCAGCCCCCGAUCCAGGACGACAAGCGCGGCAAUUAUUCCAAUGCGUUUCAUCUACCGCCGAACCCGAAUCGCUCCAGCCAUCACAGUGCCUGUGCCCAGCGUGCUGCAUGUGGCAAUAAAAUAAGUACUUUCACCGGUAGAAGGAAUGAGUCCUUGGGGGAUCAUCUUGUUGCGCGAGACAUUGUCCAGGUGAACCCGAGCGAAGCUGCGCAGUUUGUCACUCCGAUGGCAACCAACAGUAGCAGGAUUGAGCGGUCGGCAAAGAAGAUGCCCGCGGCGCCAAUCGCGGACCACAGGUACACUGAUCACACAUCAACACGAAGCAAUUUGUCAUGUUCUACAGAAGGAUCCGAUGCUUUUGUACUCGUGGUCGUUCUUCUGUGCACGGUGAUGAGGUUUGACUUUAACCUCGCUGAAGAAAAGACAAGCUAAAGUAAUUAUAAAAGUUUUAACUUUCAAUCUCUAAUCACUGACCAGGUAUGGAGGAAACAAGACGAAGACCAUGGAAGAUCAUGCGCCGGGCCCGCGCCUGCAAAAUUCCAAUCUGAGCAUGCAGUUCGCCCAGAAGAAUCACCUGGCGAUGGAACCGAAAAAGCUGCUGCCCAGCCGCCAGGAGGACAACUACGAACAGCAGGUGAAGCAGUUUGCGCAGCAGGAGCGCAAGAAUGCUUCUGCAACCCAGCAGCAUCUUCUUUUCCGCGAGCAACAAGCGAAGAACAACUACAACGAGCAACGGCGAAUGGAAAACAAUAGGAAUCAAUCCUCCAGAGGACCCGCGCUCCAUCCGGGCCAGAAUCCAUUUGAACAGCAACAAUCGUGGCAAGCCAGCUACGCGCCACCGCUGGGUUCUAGUACUUUUCGCACGCACAGUGCGCCGCCCGAAGUGAUUUUGCAGGACAAGAAACCCGGCACCUACAAGAAGUUCUCAAAACCCGUGAAGACGCCCUUUGUGCGGCACACGAACAACGUGAUCCAGAACCACGAGAAAUCCUUGGCGCAAAGAAACUCCCACCGUCCGCGGAAGCACUUGCUGGACCAUCCGCUGGUGCGCCCUUGGAAACCGAACAUUGACAACCAGGGCAACUUCCAUCCGAGCCACCGGAAGGAGCGGCCCUUGCCACGAGAUCUGACGGGUGACAAUUGGCAAGAUGAAAACGAGGUUAACCAGUGCCAGCAGCACGCGCAAGCCUACUGUGAACACGCACUGGGGGUGCAGGCGAGCUACUACAUCGAAGAAUUAGGAGAAAACAACAUGCACUCCGUCAUUCUGCAGCUAAACUGGUUUGCCUGGCGGUUAGUGGACAACCUGUGCGGGGAAGUAGCAAAAAACGUAGAGUGCGGGAAAAUGUGGAUGGCAGCCAUGAACCUGGCGAUUUUGGAAAAGGAAAGCGAUCUUCUGUACAAUUACCCCCAGCAGAAACCAACACUGUCGGUUGCGCAGGCCCAGCAAUUGCGGGGAAGCGGGGAGUUGACUACGGAGAUGAAGCAACUGGCCGUGCAACAGUCGGGUCCGCAGAAGUACAUUUUCGGAAAAGGAUCAGUAAUGACGGUGCCCGCGAAUGCAACAACAAAUCAACAGAAAACUGAAAUGGAAACCAACAAAGCGAAUAAAGGGAUGCAAAUAGGAGCGCCUGCUGUGAAACAUCAUCAUGUUCCAGUUUCGUCUUCGUCAUCUGCCGCGUUUCAGUUUCAGGGGAACAAAGGGCUGAACAACAAAACCGGUGGAACAAUGCUGCACCAGUACACCAGUAAUAAAGGCAAAAGCGAUGUUCUUGUGCAUGAUCAAACGCAGCUCUCGUCUUCCGCACCUGGAAAGCAAGCAAAUCAACCAAAAGCAUCCGACGUUGCCGUUGGCCAGCACCAGGUGAAGCACCAUCGGGAAGCAGCAGCACUGUCGUCCACCCACAACUACUACGCAUCUCUCGAUGAGGUCCUGAAUAGCUUACGCACAGAACACGGCGUUGACAGCAACAUGAAGCGGGCUUCUACAACAGUCAACAACACUGCCACGAGCGCAUCGUCGACAAAUCCACCAAGCAAAAAGAGCAAGACCGAGGAGGGGGACGGCGGCGGAGCAUCUGGCGGCCUGCAACUGGUGGCCAGUAGCACAACUUCAGCCCGCCCCGAACCUCGUGAAGGUCAGAGCUGCAAGCCCACAUCCACAGCAAAUCCGACUUCUAGCCGGACCAGUACCACCAACGCUGGUUACCCGGGUACAACAAGUUACACGCGGGAAGAACGCGCGGCGAUGGAGCAGGAAUUGCAGGAACUGCACCAAGAAGUGACAUUGCUGACGAAUAAUGCAGACGAGUUGGGGUGGGAGAAGAUGGAUCAGAAAAUGCGAGAGAAUGCGCGGAAGCAAAAGGAACUGCGUGCUAAGCUCGGUGCUGACGCGACCGGGGACGACUAGGAGGAGUCGCAGUCGUGAUUUCCUCGGGUCUUGAUUUCUUUAAUUAUGUCAUGAUCAUGUAUUGCGAAAACGAUAUAAUAAAGAAAAGGUCGAAUAUUACCGGUAUAGCUUUAGCUUGAUUUUUUUGUCAAACGAAAACAUUUCCACUACCACUACUCCACAUACUAAUCUUGUUUCGGGCGGUAUGCGACCCCCGAAUUGUUUCUUGCAUUCUACCCUGAUUAGACCUUAAGUAGAUUCCAGCGUCAUUGAGUAGAGUUUGUAAAAUUGAGGAAUGCCAAAGUUUGUGACGAGGUACCUAGCGGCAAAAUGAAAUUUUUUUUUAUCUCUUCGACUCAUAGCAAUGUAUUAGCACUGUGUGUCUAUGAUUGAAGUUGUGGCCAUGUUGAUCCAGUAACUUUCGAUGCUGUUGCUGCCAGGGUUUGGAUAUUGCAUAGAUAUUGUUUUGGGUUUGCAGCGGUUUCCCGGUCUCCAGAAUAGGGUUUCAUGUGUCUCUUUACAUCUAUUCUAAAUCUGCUUGAUUUUCCAACAGAGUAUUCCACUUCAUUGUUUGUCCGUUUGUUUCUUCUUGAUCAAUCUCAGUUUCCAAUUGAUUCAUGUUCCACGUGCGGUAAAAACCUCAAUUGAAAUCUUCAAUGCAGCUGCUGUAUAAAAAUGCGCUUGACCUACCAGUGACAAAGAAAAACAUAUUUUUUUACCUGUACACGGUGCCAGCAAAAAAGGUGAACAAAGUGGAACACACGGCAACGCCCUGGGGCGAUUUUUCGUGUAGGAUGAAUUUUGGGAAGCAGGGUAUUCAGAUGGC